AUUGUUUGUUCUUCGAUUUGCUAUUAAACUUAUUCAAUGAUCAAUACAAGCUUAUUUAUGAAAAUUAUAAGUGUUUUGUGAUUUGUAACAUUUUUAGGUGCAAAGUUACUACAAACUUACACUAGUGAAAAAGAACAUUUACUUUGAAAUUAAGUUGACUGGACUUUUGGAUUUGGUGUAACAUCCUAACACACAUAAAUGCAAAAUGGACAACUUAGACGAUUCAGAGAACAAUGCGAAGAUAUCAGAUUCUGCCUACUCAAACAGCUGCAGCAACAGCCAAUCCAGGAGAAGUCAUAGUUCGAAGUCAACCCAUUCUGGAAGCAAUUCAAGCGGCAGCAGUGGUUAUGGCGGGAAACCCUCCACUUCUGGAAGCAGCAACAACUUGGGGCAACCGCCCAAAAAGGACAAAGAUCCAAAGAAAAAGAAGCUGCUACCUCAGAUUGAGACUUUGGUACCUGAUGUAGUGGUGGAAGAGGCCAGGGCGCCUGAACCGACCCCAACUUUUGAUGCACCCAAAGAAGAGCAGCUAGAUGUUAUCCCGUCGCUGCCCCCUGCGCAUGCGCAGUCGGAGAAGGGAGUGGAGGACAUGGACAUAUGUGCCCCGGAGCUGGGCACGCUCAACGAUGAGGUGGUUACGUGCAACAUAUCUCAGGUUAACCCUGCAGCCAACUUCGUCACAGGCCGUCCCCUACAAGCUACGUAUUGCUCGGUGCAAAGUAAGCGGUACCAGGAGAUUGGCCGCUUCGAGAUGCGUUGUGAAAACUCUGAACAGUUACGUUGCAAGGACGGAUUUUCAUGCGUGAUAUCGAUGCAUGAUGGCGUGGUCAUGUACGCUACGUCGUCUCUCACUACUACUCUUGGCUUCCCUAAAGACAUGUGGAUUGGCCGAUCAUUCAUCGACUUCGUACACCCAAGGGACCGCAACACUUUUGCGUCUCAAAUCACCAAUGGUUUGGCAGUCCCGAAAAUUGAUAAUGGUACGCAAGAAAAAGUACAAUUCCCAGCUAAUUCGGUGUCGACAAUGGUCUGUCGUAUAAGACGGUACAGAGGCCUCACUUCUGGUUUUGGAGUGAAAGAAAGAGUUGUGGGAUUUAUGCCGUUCUUGCUUAAAUUGACCUUCAAGAAUAUUAGCGAUGAAGAAGGCAAAGUUAUAUACCUGGUCAUUCAAGCUACGCCCUUCUUUUCGGCAUUCAAAACUCCGAACGAGUUGGUAACAAAGGCUGUGCCGUUUGUAAUAAGACACGCGGCCAAUGGUCACAUUGAGUACGUUGAUUCGGAAUCCGUGCCAUACCUUGGUUAUCUGCCGCAAGACUUAGCGGAUAAAGAUGCGUUAAUGUUGUAUCACCCUGACGACCUGAUAUAUCUACGUCAAGUCUAUGACACUAUUGUAAAAGAAGGAGGUCUGGCUAGAUCGAAAUCUUACAGGAUGAUAACACAAAAUGGAGACUACAUUCGUCUGGAAACGGAGUGGUCGUCAUUUAUAAACCCUUGGUCCAAGAAACUGGAAUUCGUUAUCGGCAAGCAUCACAUAGUUGAGGGCCCAUCUAACCCAGACGUGUUUCAAUCUCCCGACCCGGAUAGGACACAGAAAAUUCCAGAAGAAGAGAAAAAUAAAGCGCAAAUGCUCAGAGAAAACAUUAUCCGAACAAUGAAUGAGGUCCUAACUAAGCCGGCGGAAUUGGCUAAGCAACAGAUGAGCAAGCGUUGCCAAGACCUGGCUUCUUUCAUGGAGAGUCUUAUGGAAGAAGCGCCCAAGACUGAUGAGGAAUUACGCUUAGAAAUAAACGACCCGGACCAUAGUUACUAUGAAAGGGACUCGGUGAUGCUCGGUGGAAUAUCCCCACAUCACGAUUAUUAUGAUAGCAAGUCGAGCACUGAAACCCCGUUGAGCUACAGCCUGCUUAACUACAAUGACACGUUACAACGGUAUUUCGAUAGUCACCAACCCGUCUCCUACGAGGAAUACAACCCGGUCACCGGCGAGAAUGUCCUUGGACUAAAAGACACGAGACCGUUUACAAAUUUCAGUCAUUGCCUGUCCCCGAUGGCGCAACAUUCCAGGGACUCGGGUGAGAUGACGUGCUCAUCUGAUUCCAACGGUAUGGCAAUGGGCAGCAACAGCCCCAUGAUGCCUCUAGGAGACUACCAGCCAAUCCGCCUCACCGAGGCCUUGCUAAACAAGCACAAUGCAGAGAUGGAAAAGGAAUUGAUGAAGAUACAUAGGGAGACUCGUUCUAGCAGCAAGGGCGAGAGGGAAAAGAAAUCUAAUGAGACGAGGAAGAAGAAGAAAGAGCAUUUGGCGAGGUGCAAUGCGUCCUACCAUCCUACCAGUGCUGGGGCCACCAAUGUUGAAUACCAGGUCGGAAAUCAACAGCAGCAACACGGAGUCAAACGGGCUUCCAAACUGAUGGAGACGGACGUCGGUGCCCACAAGCAUCACUGCCCGUCGCCCCGUCAGGCGCGUCGUAACAAACGCACCCUGAUGACCAGCCCGCCCGCCACGCAGCCCACCUCAGCCGUCACUACCACCGUCGGUCAGUUGGUCACAGCAUCCAAUCAGUGGCAAGCGCCUCCCGCUAAUAACAUGAACACGUUCAUCCUGGGCGUUGGGAUCCCGCAGCAGAUGUCCAUCAUGAGCCCCAUGCCUCAUCCCAUGCAAGCCAUGCACACCAUGUCAGCUGUGCCAGGAAUGUUCCCGAUGUACUACGCCCCGGCGGCUAACCCGCAGCAAAUGGCUGCGAGUUCCGCACACCACCACAUUCCUUCAAGCAGCCACCACCAGUUCCCUGCACCCAUGAUGAUGUACGGUCAGCCAAUGUACGGGUCUCCUUUCAUGUAUUCCCCAAUGGCUCAGCAAAUGACCUAUCCCAUGCAACAGUCGAACUUGAUGGCCCAAACUAUGCAACAAAACACCAAUACUAUGUACCCACUUGGACUUACUAGCAGCAAUUACGAAGAGGCUUGUAAGCCCAGUUUGACGUUGAGACCAAACAAGUCUCAAGGAGUAUUGUGGCGCGACAAGAAACGACCAGAUUCACAAGGCACAUCUUCAAAAACAGACAAUGGCAGCGGUGAUAGUAACUCUUCGAAUGCCUUGAACCGGAGCACAGACGCUGUGCAAAACACCCCGCCUUCAAGGGAGAGUCGACUCAACAAGCUGAACCGUCUGGGCAACAGCGACGAAACCCGUGACAAAACUGACGGAGAAUCUAGCUAUUCGUCAUUCUACUCCUCCUUUUUUAAGACUGAGUCCGGCAGUGCCGAGGAUAGUGGUGACGGCAAGAAUGCCAAGGAUAAGAGACUUAGGAGCCCUAUAAACGUGACAUCUUCCUACUAUGUACCUCAUCCUGCUAAGAAACCCGCCGCCCGGAGGAAGAUGGAACCACCAUGGAUGGAACAGGUCUGCGUAACUUCAGAACUAGUCUACAAGUACCAGAUCCUUACCAAAUCCAUGGAGGAAACAUUGACCGCUGAUAAAGAGAAAAUUGAAAAUUUAGAACAGCCGUCUCUAGUCAACGAGCAGCUGAGCCAGUUGUACCUGGACUUACAACUCGAAGGUGUGGCUGCGAGGCUCACCCUCGAGGAAGGUAUCACCAGCUCAAGCAGCUCCGGCGAGGAAACCACCACUAAUGUCACUAAGAGUUCACGUAGGAAGCGGGAAUACAGCAAACUAGUUAUGAUUUACGAAGAGGACGCGCCCCUCCCCCCGCCCGCGGAGGACGCCGCCGAGGGAGAGGCCGAAGCCUCAAGUUCUUCUACUUGUUAAGGCAAAUCGUCACAAUUGACACAAGUCGUCAUCAAUGCACAAUUCACAUAAUGUGGCAUUACUAUAAAGUCAAGUAACAAAGACUAUAAAUAAUUAAAAUAAGCAAUACCAGCGAGAUGAUGGACCUCUGUCAAGAUUUCGUGCUAGUGAUUACAAACCAAGAUCUCAUUCUGUUCUCGACGUGAUUCAAUCAUAUUUUUUUAUUUGUGUGGCGGGUUAAUUAGUCAAUAAGUCCAUUGUUGAUUCCCAAGGACUGCCAAUACACCAAAUAUAAAUAAUUGUAAUAAGUUUUCUAAAAAAAACAUCUACUCUUUUGUUUUGUUACAUCUUAUAUUUUCAAAUUAUAUUCCUGUUCAAAUUAGAGUGCAUUAAUUUAGGAAUGUUAAGAACAAGGUUUUGUCAUAGAAUAUUAUUAGCUGUGAUACGUAAUGUUGGUGCUACGGAUAAUAAGCGAAGCCUCGUGUAAUUUCAUAUUCUCGAAUUACAAAGCUGAAGUUAAUUAUAAUUUAAGGUGGAUUGUCCCGAUGUUGUUAUUUAUGUGAAUAUACUCUGGUAUCUAGACAUUCAUUCGAUCAGUUGCUACAUAGUGAGUACCUUAGGUGUAUUAACCGUGACAUGAACAUGAAGGUACACACACAACAAUAGUACUGGCAUUGAUUUCCAUGCAUCAUAUUUCUAUAUAACAACUCUUAACAUUCCGGUGCUCUCAAGAGGUCUUAUUAAGUAUUGAAUUCAGGGUAAAGUAUUAUGGGAACCAGAAUCAACCAAACUCCGUUAUAUUUUCAGAGAUAUAUGUACCUAGUUAUAUGUUUGUUUCUUUAUUAAGUAUAAGUAUAAUAUAGACUCAAAAACUUGCAUUUACUCGAUUACGCAACACAUUGCUGAUAUGUUUGUGCCAUGUCCAUUUUAUGCAUUUUUACUCCUAGUUAGCUGGACUUGGGAUAUGAAAGUGUCACGUGUGUGUUGAAUAUAGCAUUAAAAUAAUCAAUAAAAGUAUUUUUGGUAAUUUUUGCGUCAUCGAGUUAGUCUGUUAUAUAAAUAUAGAUUUAAGAUGUCUUGCAUAAAUUACAAUAUAUUUUGCAAUAGUAAAGGGAAUCAUGAAACUGAAAUAGCAACUAGCUAAGUAGUCCAUUGCUGUAACAGGUGCCUUAAAAAUACAAUUGAAAUAUUUUUGCAGACAUUGAAGAAAUAGUCGAUCAAUAUUGGAGAAAUUAUAUAGUUAUUUAAAAAAAUAUAUAUGUUUUCGCAUUGGGAACUUUGUCAAUUCUGUACAGGGUUACCAAAGUUAUUUGAGAAGAAGAAAUAUUUUUUAUUAUUUGAUUGUUAAAAGAUGUCGAAAUUCAGUCUAUUAGAACGACGGUGACUACAGAGCAUUUGUUGUAAACGAUAGAAUUGAAUAUUUCCAUUGAUCUGUUAAAUUUUAUGAGAAAAUUGUUGAAAUAUUGAAAGAAUUCUAUUUAAUGAGUAUUAAAAUAAUUCAUGAGACAUGACAUUCAUUCCUUUGAAAUAAAUACGAGCAGAGUUAUAUUUGAUUUGUUACGUUAGUCUUAAAUACAGUUUAAGUGUAAUUAGUUAUAAGUUAAGAUAUGUAUGAUAAUUUUAAAUUUGUUAGCACACUAAUGUUUACUAUAGUUGGUGUUAUUUCCGAUUUAAGGUAAUUUCAAUUAUAAUGCAUAAGAGAAAAGUAAUACUUUAAUGUUGAUUCAAAUUUACCUGGUGUGUUAUUCAUUUAUCAAACUGAUUAUACGUAAUUGUAAAAUUAUUUUUGCCUUGUGCGUCCUUCUCAAAAAAAUGCUGUUAAAUUCGUUUUUGUUUAAUAUAUUCUCGUAAACUUAUGUCAUCCCAGUUUAUUGUAGUUGAUUUAUAUUUUUGAGUUUAUUAUAAAGUAAAUUCAAUAUCACUUAUCACUGAUUUAAUCAGAUUUAGAAGUGAGAAGUAAUAUUGGAUUUACUUUUGAUUAUGAUCAAGACAACGUUUAUUAUUUUACUAUUUUACUUUAUUUUUAUUUUUUUGAAUUUAUUAUUGAAUCAGUUUAGAAGUGGUAUUUUAUUUCCGUUUGUUUCGUUUAAUAUUUAACACCACCACCAUAAAAAGUCUUCUCUUUAGUUAUAUGGAUAUAAGGGUCAGAGGGAGAAUUACAAUUUUCUAUAGUGAUUAAAUUUUUUCUGUUGAUUUUAUUUUUUGAAUACUUUCAAAAUAGUUUAAAGAAUUUUUUGAUAUAUAAUAAUUAAUACCUUCUAAAAAUUAAUAGUUCACCAAUAUUAUUACAUUUCUGUGAAAUAAAUGAUUGGAAAGUGA